AUGACAAAGCGAGAGUUCCUGGACGACCACAGAGGAGCAAUGUUUACUGGGAGUGUUUUCCCGGAUGCCUUUGAAAGUUCCAAGUGUUAUAAUGGUAAAUUUGCUGAUUUAUCAACGGAUAGCAAAUCUACCCAUUUUCUGAAUGUCACUGUUAAUUACAUAAGACGAAAUUUUAAACAACCCUGGAAUUAUAAUGAUGGGGAACUGGUUGCAUUUCUGUUUGGUGUUACAACGUAUCAAGUAAUGAAUGCUGUAUGGUAUCGGGAUAAUACUUCUGUCGGCAUAGUGAAAGCGAUGGCAAACCUUAACCAUCAUGGCAACGUUACAAAGGCACUGGAAAUCAUUCAGUUCAGCAGUGAUGUCAUUCUUGAAUACAACCUAGACUUGUUUUAUAUGAAAAUAUAUAAAGACUGUCUUGAAACUUCGUAUGGUGCAGGCGAGGCUUUUAGUGAGGUUGCAAAGCUAAAUCCUUUUUUGGUACGUGCACUUCCGGACUAUUUCUUAGGCGGAUUAGAUGAUGUAGCUAAGAAAACAACAAGACUAUGGACAAACCUUAUAACUAUGAUAGAAAAUGGCACUAGUGUAUGUACUUUCCCUGACAACCCCCUCGACAUAAAAUGCAAUGGAGAAAAACAACAAAAAAUAGGGAGGUCUCCUUCCUCCACUAGUGUUCACAAAAAGAACUGGUUAAAAGGGAAACAGUUCUGCAGAAAUGAUGUAACUGUCCAGAGGAAAACAUACAGCACACAUUUUACUCCAAACAAACGCUGUCUGAUAAAAAUUAAAGAAAAAAGAUUGAAGAAAUUAAACAAGACAAUGGUACAAGUGGGAAAGACAAAUUUGAAGGAUAAUCGGUUCUUUGAUGGAAUAUAUUACAUCAACAGCUCUUAUGCUAGGCUGGGAUGGUCACAAGUAGUUUGUGAUGUCAAUCAUGAUGGUUAUGAUGACGUCAUAUUAGGGGCCCCAGGUUAUUCGAAUCCAAACAAUAUACAACAAGGAGCAGUCAUUUUUGUGUAUGAAUUUGUAGGAUCUGAAACUGGUAUGCCAUGGAAAUUUGAUGUUCCAAUUGACCUAACAAACCUAACUUUACGAUACAGCGACAUUUUGCUUGGUCCUUCUUCGAAGGAAUCCCAGUUUGGUUCUUCUUUAGAAUGCCUUGACAUUAACGUAGACGGUAGAACUGAUCUUGUAGUAGCGGCACCGGGCUAUGGAAAUACUGACAUAAAUGGCCAUAAUGGAAGGAUUUUUAUCUAUUAUGGUAGACUUAACUCAAGUGGAUUCGAAGGGCCUAAUAUUACUAUAACAUGCAAGGUCAGUAAACUCUUUCUACACCAGAAAUAA